AAUCAGGAAGUUGUUGUUGUGUAACACGUGAAUUCAGCGCUCUCUGAAUCUGACGUUUGGUCACACGAUCACCGCAAGAUCUUUUAUAAGAGCUCUUUAUAUUCCUGCCGACGAAACUGACAGAAGAGCGGCGGACAGCGGGAGAGAAGAGUGUUUCAAAGGGCCAUUAUGCCAUGGCAUCUCUGGGUGCCUCCUUUGUGCAAAUCAAAUUCGAUGACAUCCUCUUCUACGAGAACUGCGGCGGAGGGAGUUUCGGGAGCGUGUAUCGCGCCCGCUGGCUCUCGCAGGACAAAGAGGUGGCGGUGAAAAAGCUCCUGAAGAUUGAGAAAGAGGCAGACAUUUUGAGUGUUCUCAGCCAUAGAAACAUUAUCCAGUUUUAUGGAGCAAUUCUGGAAGCACCGAACUAUGGGAUAGUUACAGAGUAUGCCAGUGGCGGAUGUUUGUUCGACUACCUGUCUAGUUCUGAGAGUGAACAUAUCAGCAUGAAACAGAUUAUGACCUGGGCCAUGGACAUCGCUAAAGGAAUGCAUUAUCUGCAAGAUGAAGCUCCGGUCAAAGUCAUUCACAGAGACCUCAAGUCCCGGAAUGUUGUCCUGACGGUAGAUAAAAUACCCAAGAUCUGUGAUUUCGGGGCGUCUAGAUUUCAUUCCCACACCACCCACAUGUCUCUGGUGGGGACAUUUCCUUGGAUGGCACCUGAAGUCAUCCAGAGCCUUCCUGUUUCUGAGACCUGUGACACAUACUCGUAUGGAGUGGUCCUGUGGGAGAUGCUGACACGUGAAAUUCCCUUCAAAGGUCUGGAGGGGCUGCAGGUGGCGUGGCUGGUGGUUGAGAAGAACGAGAGGUUGACGAUUCCCAGUAGCUGUCCAGCCAGUUUUGCCUGUCUGAUGAGAAGCUGCUGGGCGACUGAACCAAAAGUCAGACCGCUGUUCAAACACAUCCUGUCCACACUGGAGACCAUGUGGAGCGACACACACUUACCUGAGGAGUGCAACACUUUCCUGCACAAUAAAGCAGAGUGGAGGUGUGAGAUUGAGGCGACUCUGGAGCGUCUGAAGCGUUUGGAGAGAGACCUGAGCACCAAAGAACAAGAGCUGAAGGCGAGAGAGAGACGACUGAAGAUGUGGGAGAGAAAACUGAUCGAACAGUCCAGAACACCACUUCUUCCAAACCUGGAAAUCCACUCCUGGACAGAAGAACAUGUGCAUUUCUGGAUGCAGCAGAUCUUUGAAGCUGAUGGAGAAAUGCAGCAGUACGCCGAUGUCUUCAAGCAGAACCACAUCACAGGACAGAGGCUGCUGCUGCUGUCUGAGAAUGACAUGAGAGACCUGGGGGUCAUGUCCAAAGGACACAUCAUACACCUCAAGACGGAAAUUGAGAAACUAACCCAAGACUACUUGAGCCUGUUCCACUUUCCUCCAUUGAUCAAGGACGGUUCGGCCUUUGUGGAAGAAGAGGAAAGCAAGAAAACCGUAAACCUGGAGCUGGUGUUUGGAUAUCACUGGAAAGCCGGCACAGGACACACAGACUGUAAAUGGAAAAUGUACAUGGAGCGUGAUGGGGAUGAAGUGGCAAUAGCUUAUAUCAAAGACGUGACCUUUAAUGCCAACAGACCAGAUGUAGACGUGUUAAAAAUGACCAAGCCUCCGUUCGUGAUGGAUAAAUGGAUAGUUGGAAUAUCUGGAACACAAACCGUUGAGUGCAUAGUAAACUAUGAGAGUAAGGUGAGAUCUCCUAAGUGCACGAGACAUGUUCACACACUGCAGUGGAGUCCCGACAGCGGGAGGGACGUCAUCAAACCUGUAGAGCUGCUCAUCGAUACAGCACCAACCAUCAAAGAAGCACACAACCGAAGCAGGUCCAACUCAGGUGUUGAUUCCAGAUGGAUUUACAGUCUGAGGAUGAAGCAGAUGAGAGAGCAGGCGGUCCAGAGCCCAUCGAGCCGCCCUGAAAAGAUGAGCCUCCCUCAGUUCCUAUCUGUGCUCGGGAACCAAUCGUCUUACGCCGCUGCCGUGAGGAGAUCACCCAAUCGCAGCCCUCUCUCUCCAUGGCCCGACUCCCGGAGUUCCUCUCCGACCCUCUCAGUCAAACUCUCCACCAUCCACCUGGGGUCAAAGGGCAGCAGCCCAUCCAGCACAACAUCUGAGAGCGCCUCCGAUCGAGAGCGGCCCGCCAGCGCUCGAGCCAAACACAGCUACAGCAGGAACACCUACCAGGACCACACGCUAAAGAUCACCGGAGGAGAAGGAGGUGCCAGGAGGUUUUCUGCGGGAGCUAAUCACGCGACUCAGAAAGGAUUCAGAGGCUUCCAACACGGCGGGCGGCCACGAAACCACCAGCGCCCAAUACCGGGGAUGUCACUUGUGACUGAAGGGGUGAAGCUGAAAGGGACUGAGGAGGGUGGGGCUGGUGAUGGGGAAUGGAUCAAGGUAGAAAGAAAAAAAACGAAUAAACAGGACUAUAAACAUCAAGAAGUAAGGCCGGCCAGAGGUCGCCCACGGAGAGGAGGGAGGGGAGGUGGGCGGGGCCGAAGUUGAGGGUUUGUCAGUAGGUUUGGGUCUUUGGGAGUUUUAAUCUGUGGUUGUUGGGAUAAAAGUUUAAAGAUAAUCAAGGCACUUAACUCUGGUUGUUUCAACUGUCAGUUACUGUCACUUUACCAUAAUCAUAACCUACAUUGGCAUGUCAUAUCAGUAGUUAUAUACACUGAUGUUCAAAGCCAUAAAUUAAGGAUUCUUAAUAUAUAUAUAUAUAUAUAUAACGUUUUUAUUAUUUUCCUUCAAGGGCUUACAUUUGAGUCAUUUUCUAUUUUCACUAAUAAAUCAUGAAUUUUCUUUUGCAUUUUCAUUUUUUUAAUAGGGUAAUAGUGAUGAAAUACCUUUUCCGUUGUAUGUCUCCCUGCAAAAAGAGAUAUUGUAUUAUGUGAAAUUAUUUAUUCUAUAACAUGUAUAUUUAUUGUUAUAUUGGAUAUGUUUCAUGUCGAUCUGUAAUACAUAAAUAAAAAGUUUACUCUUA